AUGACCUGCGACUCGGAACCAGAUUCUCAAAAUGAUGACAGCUACAAGAGCCAACCCAAAUUGUUCUACCGGUCGACCGACCGAGGUGUCUGGUCGAUUAGAUCCAAACUGGUCCUCAAAGAUCGAGGAAACGAUAUCCCAAGCGACGAGGCAUCCAACAUCCGACUUGUUGAGAAUAGGACAUCUAUCCCACCACUCAGCACUGCCUGGCAGAAACUCGCCGCGGAGCAGAGAGAAAACAUCGCAAAACAAACAGCGGAUUAUCUGCUCCGACUUCGCGAACUUCAAUCAGAUUGUGGGCUGCCCCUUGACGGACUUCAGGGGUUUUGUCCCCGCGGUCCAUGCACUUCAGAUGAAGAGCUUUGGAAAGAGAUGGAUGGUGCCUUGCAUGAAUCUGUUCCCGAGGCCGUGCGGAGACUACUCCGACGCCUUAGCUACGUCAAUAUCAUGGUAAAAGAUGGCUCUGUUACUGGAAUCAUUGAUUGGGAGACAGCCGCGUACAUGCCUGUAUGGCGUGAGUCUCUUUGUGUCUCAUUCUCGGGUUGUGAGGAAGAUGAAGAGUGGGGGAUGUUGUUGCGCAACUACAUGCCUGAUCAUUAUGCUUAUCACUACCUAUGUCUCUAUCCAAACAUAUGGGCAAAGCAUUUCAUCGACGAAGCCGAGCGAAAACCAAUCAGCCGGGAUGAACUUUUUGCAUAUACAAACGGCCAUUUCCUGGUCAAUGAAGAGCAUCAGCUGGCUCAACGCGACGUAAAAUUCAAUGUCGAUGCUCUCUGCAGUGUAGCUGCGGCUCUCGGUGAUGUUCCAUCUCCCGUGGCAAGCGUGGACAAAAUGGAAGGUGGAUUUAGCAAGGCUCUCCUGAUAAGAAAGGAGAACGGGUCAGAAGUCGUCGCUAAGAUUCCAUGUCAGAUUGCUGGACCUGCAAGGCUGACAACUGCAUCCGAGGUGGGUGUCCUUGAAUACUUACGCAGAAAUACCACAAUCCCGAUUCCCCGGGUACUCUCAUGGUCUUCAGACAGGGCAAACUCCGUAGGCGUCGAGUAUAUCGUAAUGGAAAAGGCUACUGGUGUCCCCUUGUUUCGUGUAUGGGGUGACAUGACAGAGUCCGAGAAGUUGCAACUUAUUCAGAACGUGACCAAGCUCGAGGCACAGUUAUCCGCCAUUCGGUUUCCUGCCUACGGUGGUUUAUAUUUGCGUGACCAUCUAAAGAAAUCAGAAUAUCAAUGUCUACUGCUAGAUGACAAUGUUGAUCCAUCGCAAUCAUCUUGUAUCGGCCCCUCUCCUGACCGGUCAUUUGACACCCAGUCUGCUGAGCAGCCUACAUCGGCAAACAAGCCUAUUAAUCGAAGCCCUUGGACCACAGUAUCGGGACUUGGUAUAGCUAUUGCAGAGCGUGAACUAUCUCGAAUUGCGAGAAUGCCACCUAACAAACCAUCAAUGUUCAAUCAUGACACUCAUCCCUUACUAGGCCAAUCUGCACAGCCGACACUUUGGCACACAGACCUUCACAUGGGUAAUAUCUACGUUGCGCCCGACGACCGCACACGAAUAGUUUCAGUCAUCGAUUUCCAGUCCAUAUCAGUUAUGCCUUUAUUCCUCCAGUCCCGUUGGCCCGAGUUCUUGAAGCCCCCAGACAACUACACCAAAGGCUUCACGAGUCCUGAGCUUCCUGGUGGGUACGACAAUAUGGACGAUGAGAGCAAGAUGCUGGCCCGACGCGAAUGGUCGCAGGCCAAACUAGCAAAAGCAUACGAAGUCUCGACCUACCUCGAGAACCGACCCGCACAUACUGCGAGGAACGUGCCGCGAGUGUUCCGAGAAUUGUUCACCCGGUGUGGGGAGGUGUCAGAAAUGGGAGUUAUUCCCCUUCGAGCAUGUCUGAUAGAGAUCUUUCAGAACUGGUCCAACCUAGGCUUUACCGGAUCGUGUCCAUACUCCUUCACGGAAGAAGAAAUACAGACGCAUGAGCGACAGUUCGCUGAAUACCAAGCAUGGCAUGAUGUUCAGCAUCUUGCACAAGAGUGUCUGGAUACAGACGCCGAAGGAUGGAUAUCACCCGAGUUAAACAUGGAAGAUAAGCGACGCCAGAACCGGGAGUUACUGGCGAUGUUUAUCGAGCGUAUGGCGGGUGAGAAGUCCCCGGAGGAAGCGAGGCAGAUGUGGCCGUUUCCAGAUGACGCUUAG